CCGAACAGGUUGUCGUUAUUUAGAGCUCCCAACAUUGGUGACCCGAACGUCGAACGUAAGGAUCGAACAUCGUCCUUAACCGCCAUGUCCGUCGACCAUCAAGCCCACCCGCCGCCUCCAUCGAACCCAUCCUUAUCGGCAGUGGCUGUCAAGUUACCACAAUUUUUUGACCGCAACCCGGCCGUGUGGUUUAUCCAAGCGGAGGCGCAAUUUCAUCUCGCUGGCGUAACAUCACAACUGACGAAAUUUUACCACGUCACCUCCGCCCUCACCCCAACUGCGGCCGAUGAGGUGUACGACGUCCUCGCCAACCCCUCGCCAACCACACCUUACGACCAGCUCAAGCAAGCCCUCCUGCAACGCACCACCUCCUCCAGCCGGUCCCGCCUUCAACAACUGCUAUCCGCUGAAGAGCUGGGAGACCGCCGCCCCACACAGCUACUUCGCCGAAUGCGGCAGCUGCUUGGCGACAAUUCCGCUACCAUGGACGACGUUCUUCUCCGUGAACUAUUUUUACAACGUCUGCCACAGAACGUUCAAAUGGUUCUGGCAACAGCAGCGAACAUGUCACUCGACCAGCUGGCUACGCUCGCAGAUGCGGUUGUUGAGGUCGCCACCCCGUCCAUCGCUGCCACCGCUGCACCACAACACCCCGUUCUUCCAACACCGUCUGCAGCGGCAAGCCCUUCUGGCUCUCCGCAAUUAGAAGAGCUUUGCCGCGAGUUCCGCGCGCUUGCCUCUCUAAUUGCAGCAUCACAUGCUCCACCGCAGCAAACUCGUCAACCCUACCGUCGCCGCCGUUUCAGUCGGAGUCCACGGCGCUAUUCUCCCAGCCGCUCGAAUAGCAGAGACCGCGACGGAAGCCUGGCGACGACGAUUUGCUGGUACCAUCGCAAGUUUGGCGCCGAGGCCCGUCAUUGCCUACUACCAUGUUCUUGGCAGCAGGGAAACCCGCCCGCGGGCCAUUGAUGGCGACCAAUGGUCCAUCCUCCCAGUCCAGUCGCCUAUUUUAUAUACGGGACAAAACAUCAGCCCGCCGCUUCCUUGUGGACACCGGCGCGGAGGUGAGCGUAUUGCCAGCGAGCGGAAACGAACGACGACAGCCACCUCUCUUCCACCUCACCGCUGUUAACGGAUCUAAGAUCCCCGUGUACGGUCAACGCUCCCUCACGUUGAACCUGGGUCUCCGCCGUGUGUUCCGUUGGCUCUUCCUGGUUGCGGCUGUCUCUCACCCCAUUCUCGGCGCAGACUUUCUUAAUAACCAUCAGCUGCUCGUCGAUAUGCGCAACCACCGACUCAUUGACUCUGCCACCAGCCUCACUGUCUCCGGCAUACGAUCGUCCCAUCAGUCUCUGGGCGUGUCAGUCUUUCAAGCUGACGGUAAUCCCUACCUUGCCGUCCUCAAGGAGUUCCCUCAACUCACGCGCCCACCAGAUUGGUCGAAGCCUGUCCCGCACAGUGUGGUCCACCACAUCGAGACAAAAGGUCCUCCCGUCUUCUGCCGCCCCCGUAGACUACCGCCGGAGAAGCUGAAAAUUGCGAAGGACGAAUUUGACCACAUGUUGGAAAUGGGCAUUAUUCGUCCAUCAUCAAGCAGCUGGGCCUCUGCUCUCCACAUGGUCCCAAAGAAAACCGGUGACUGGCGGCCAUGUGGGGACUAUAGAGCGCUUAAUCGGGUUACCAUCCCCGAUCAGUAUCCCAUCCCUCAUGUCCAUGAUUUCACGGCAUUCCUUCACGGCGCGACGAUUUUCUCGAAGCUUGAUUUGGUGCGCGCUUACCACCAGAUACCCGUUGCGGAAGCCGACAUCCCAAAAACAGCCAUAACAACACCGUUUGGCUUGUUCGA